UUUCAGAAGACACCAAGUGAGGACAUGGAAAAGGAAAAUGUAACACUGCUGACUCAGUUCAUUCUCACGGGACUUACACAUCAACCAGAGUGGAAAAUCCCCCUGUUCCUGGCAUUCUUGGUGAUGUAUCUCAUCACCAUCACAGGGAACCUUGGUCUGAUUGCUCUCAUCUGGAAUGACCCUCACCUUCACAUCCCCAUGUACUUAUUCCUUGGGAAUUUAGCCUUUGUGGACACUUGGUUAUCAUCUACAGUGACUCCCAACAUGCUGGUCAUCUUCUUAACUGAAAGUCAGAUGAUAUCUCUCUCCGAGUGCAUGAUACAAUUUUUUUCCUUUGUAGUCAGUGUAACCACAGAAUGUUUUCUCCUAGCAACAAUGGCGUAUGAUCGCUAUGUAGCCAUAUGCAAGCCUUUACUCUACCCAGUGAUUAUGAACAAUGCGCUGUGCAUCCGGCUUUUAGUCUUGUCAUUUUUAUGUGGCUUUCUUCAUGCCAUAAUUCAUGUGGGUUUUUUAUUCAGAUUAACCUUCUGUAAUUCCAACAUAAUACAUCACUUUUACUGUGACAUUAUGCCACUGUUGAAGAUUUCUUGUACUGACUCUUAUAUUAAUUAUCGACUGGUUUUUAUUCUUGCAGGUUCUAUUCAAGCAUUAACUAUUGGAACAGUUCUUAUCUCUUAUACAUUUGUUCUCUUUACAAUCUUAAAAAAGAAGUCUCUCAAAGGCAUAAGGAAAGCCUUCUCCACCUGUGGGGCUCAUCUCCUAUCUGUGUCUUUAUACUAUGGCCCUCUCCUCUUCAUGUAUGUGCUUCCUGCAUCUCCACAAGCUAGCAAUCAAGAUAUGAUAGACUCUCUGUUUUAUACUGUUAUAAUUCCUUUUUUAAAUCCCAUUAUCUAUAGCCUGAGAAACAAGCAAGUCUUAGACUCAUUGAAAAAAGCAUUAGGGGGAAAAGUUUAG